CCCCUCCUUGCUAGAGAUUAGGCGUGUCUCUUCCUGGGACCCCCCACCCUCCUCCUGUCCAUAAAUAGCCAAGCCCCAGGAGGCGCGCAGACCAGAGCAGCCACAGAGCCACCGACUGCAGCCAGCUCUGCCAGCGGCGUCACAGCAUGUACACCAGCAGAAUGGAGGUUCCCAGGAGGGGGCGAUCCUUCGACUCCAUGAACACCAGCUUCGGCGAGAAUCAGCUCAACAACGUGGUAGGCAACCUCUCCUCUUUGGCCAUCCUCAACGAGGUAGGUGUGCGCAGCAGGAGAGGCGCUUCUUGACUUUCAUUCCACUUCUUUUAGCUUCCUUCCUGAUCCAGGAGAUCUCCCGUGGUUGGUCUACUAUAUGGUCAUGCAGAGAGAGCCACGGUGACAUUUGUUUUUUUGCUUUUGAUGAGUUUGUGUCUGUUUGAAAAAGAAUCGUCUAGGAGUCAGAUCACAGCUGCGUUUUAAAAUAUAUGAACGAUGAUAUUUUAGGAUAUUGUACCGCAAAAAGUUUUUGAGCUGCUGGGAGAACAUCGUUCGUGUGUGGCUUUGUAUUAUAAAGAUAGUAAAAGUACAUCAAGUACUUUGGGACUUAAAACUUCCACAAGAAAUGACACCUCCUUUUCAGAAGUGGAAGAAUCCUCUGGUGGGUCCACAGGAAACCUUCCUCACAAUGUUGCACAAUAUAUUCAAAUUCGCUCCAACUUAUGCAAAAUGAUAGGUAUAUGUUAUUGCUUAGUGCAUAUUCUUCAGCAAAUUCGGGCAGCUGUGCGGUUCUGUUCGCCCUGCUCUCCCCACUGGCUGUCCCAGUAAGAAGUGAUGCAAUUCCACACUGAAAGGUGCAUUUUACAGCAUCACUUGUUUAAACACCCUCAGACAGGUCAGCUAUCGGAUCUAAGCUAGCUGCACCCAGGAAGACUUUGUGGAGAAUGAAGAGCAAGUGCUCCUCUCUAGCUGGGACUGGCAACUAUCACAAUGGCUAAAAGCACACAGUCCUUCAAAUGACUAGAUGAGGAUUAAGCUGGGCAAGUUUCCGUUUCAGCUCUGCAAUUUGAAAACUCACUGCCCAAUUGUCCUACCACAAUUGAUAAUAUAAUCUGGAUAAAUUUGGGGGCAUUAAUCUAAUUAAGGGCACCAGCAUCUCAGGAAGGCACUGUAGCCAUGUACGGUAAUUGAGAAAAGGUGGGCACCCAUUCUUAUUCUGAAUAGCCCUGUGGAAAGUCAGCUGUGUAGAUUGAUCCUUGCAGACAUGUGGACUUCCAGGGAAUAAGAGAUUCCCUGCCUGUGUGUACUUUGGGGUGUCCACCUUGUCCCCUUGCCCAUCUGGUGUACAAGAGAUCAUGACAUACUGAGGAAUAUCUCAGUAUGAGAAAUACCCUGAAUAUUUGCAGGGUAGUGCAGAUAGACACCCUUUCAUCAGAGAGUGUUAAAAAGGGACCUGCAGACUGAGCGUGAUGUUGCACUCAGAUUCCAUCCAAUGUCUUACUUGCAUCUUAUUUAUCUUCCUCUUUGCCAAUGCUCAUUUCCCCAUCCUAGACCCCUUUCGGCUAGCCCCUGUCUUUAGUAAGUGCUAAAUGACAUACAAGUGCCUUUGAACUUCUGCAUCCUGUCUACCAAAAAUAGGGAGAUGCAUGAGCAAUAAAUAAAUAUAUUUUUAUUUAUAUCCCGCCCUCCCCAGCCGAAGCCGGGCUCAGGGCGGCUAAGCAAGGCAUGUGUGCUAUGCUCAUCUCCUGAUGUUACCCUUCAGCAUAUGACAAUGAAGAUGCUAUUUCUGUAGGCUGCACUUUUGGGGGACUCACAUCGCUUGCAGCCACUGAUAGACCAGUCCUCAGCGUUAACAAUGAAACUUUUAAAAAGUGAUUGACCUGGUGGCCAUUGUGGCUUCUAGUGACAAGAUGUUCUGUACAUGAGCCGUGUGUUUUGUGACGGAGUCCUUCAUUUGGCUUACCAUCUUUAAUCCACUGCCUACCAAUGAUGACUUGAAAGUUUGUUUGUUUUGCAUGCAGGUGUGAAUAACCUCUCCCUUUCUAAUCUCCCGACUUCGCUAAUCAUAUUAUAAUAUAAGCCCAUCAUCUAAGUCAUCUGAGUUAACCUUCCCAAUGGUUUAAGUCUGUCUUCAUAAGGAUGAUCUCACUUUCCUGAUAAUUCCCCUUGACUAUGUUUUGCUAUCUAGCCAACUUUGCUAUAUCGUCACCGUUUUACCCAAUCCUGCUACCCCACUUGAGAUACCAGGUCAAAUAAAUAUAUAUUAUAUUGGUCAGCAACUAGCUUCCCCAGAGGGCUAGUUGGAGACAGGAAUGAAUGGUGGAAGAACAGCCCCUCAGCCCCUCUAGAGAUGCCUGCCAGCAAGUUACAGUGGUACCUCGGCUUACAUACACUUCAGGUUACAUACGCUUCAGGUUACAGACUCCGCUAACCCAGAAAUAUUACCUUGGGUUAAGAACUUUGCUUCAGGAUGAGAACAGAAAUCGUGCUCUGGCAGCGCAGCGGCAGUGGGAGGCCCCAUUAGCUAAAGGGGUGCUUUAGGUUAAGAAUAGUUUCAGGUUAAGAACAGACCUUAAGAACGAAUUAAGUACUUAACCCGAGGUACCACUGUAUUUUACUACAAAUGCCACUUUCCCCACCCUACAUUUGCUGGUGCCAGACAGCUGAUUUAUAGGAACCAGAUUUGGCCCACAGGCCUCCAGUUGCUGCCACUGAAUUUAAUAUAUUUGUACCCCAUCACUCCAAUCAUUCAAAGCAGGCGUUUAAAAACCACCCAUGUAACAGAGAGCUUUGCAAGCUACAAGAGCCAUAUUUAUAGCCACCAACAACUAGUGGUCGAGGAGUACUUGGCAAACUGCAGUGCCCUGGGGGUCUUGCAAGAGACAGCGCCGGGAAAACUAGCUUAGAAGGUAAGAGGAGAUUUACCUCUGCUGAACCUGCCAUUGAUGUCAGCAGUUUGAAGAUCUUCUUCUUGAGAUCUGGAGCAGAUUAUGGAAGAGGCAAGUCUACAUAAGCAAACUAAGCCUGUUCUUGCAACGAGAGUUUUCUGUAGAUAGCUUUGUUGGAACCAAUCAACCCUAUGCUGGCUGGCUGUCAAGACAGGCAAACCCAAGAGCAGGGUUCAAUCUCCACUUGGUCAUGAAGCUCACAGGGUGACCUUGGGCUAGGAACUGCCUCUUAGCCUAACCUACCUCACAGGGUUGUUGUGGGGAUUAAAGGAGGAGGGGGAAAACGAUGUUUUCUCUUUAGAGAAAAAGGUGGGAUUUAAAUGCAAGAAAUAAAUAAACAAUAAAUUUAACCCUAAGGGGAGGUUGGCUACUGAUUUUAGACCCAAGUAGGUUGUACUAAACAUGAUGCAAGCAGGGUUGUUUCAAAAUUGUAAAAACUAAUCCAUACUGACUAUUUCCUUCCUUCCUGAGCAUAAAGCCACAAUUUUCUGGAUCUACCCAGAGCUAGCUAAGCAUUUAUCGAGCAGCGUCAGACAAAAAGGUCGUAAAAGCCAUUGUAAAAAGUUAAAAUCGUUAGUAGGAUCAGAAUCACACAUAGUUUAAUGGUGAAUUUUGGACACAAUGGAUUAUUCAACCAUUAGAUGUGCUCACGAAACACAAGUCUUUCCUUCAGGGCAUACAGGGGCAAAGUAAUUUAGGAGAUGGUGGUCUUCUACUUGCCUCUAUGAGUGUUUGUGGCCUACACAGUCUGUAUGUAGGGCUGGCUUUCCACUCCCGGCAGGGGUGGGAGGAUGUCUGUAGGCUAGCUUGGGAGAAGGGUAUUUUCUAUUUUAACGGCCACUUCCUGUGCUUCCAGCUCUUCACUACAGCACUGAAACCACAGCGGACGGAGGCUGCUAUGCAGACUGGUUGUUGGUAUAGUUGAAACAAAGCGAUAGCUAGGGUUGCCAAAUGACUGGGCAGGGAAAAAACAGCACAGCCUGCCUUUGAAAGUAGCUUGCUUUGUAGAAAUCAACAGAUGAAGCUCUUCUCAGCCUUUAUCACCUGCUAAGAAGGCCAGCCCAUCUCAUUUUGAUUCCUGGGGUGCGACAGCAAAUGGUGUCCUCUCAUCCCACCAUGUUAAAGGACUAGCCAAGGCCAGCCAUGUAAUUUUUUAGCACCUGAGGCAGAAAAUCACACAAGCGCCUCUUCUCCUCCCUGGCAGUUAAAAUACAGUAUCAGUACAUUAAAUAAAGAAUUUACUGCCCUUUCAUGGCACCCCAUUCUGCAGCCUAACGGAGACAACUUUGAACCUAAAAAAAUAGGUUUGUUUUGAAACUUUGACUUAACUCUUAACUCUGCUUGCCAUCUGCAUCAUUUUUAGAUCCACAAGUCCAACUACACGAUGAAUGAUGACAACAAAGAGAAUGAAGACAAUGCAUCUGAAAGGGGGAGAGCUGCCGUCAUUUUUUCUUUAAAAAAUGAAGUUGGAGGGCUUGUGAAAGCCCUAAAGCUCUUUCAGGUAAGCAGUCCAGUCCCUGUUGUGUACAGCUGGUACAGAGUAAAGAUAGCAACAACCUCUGUAACGGCAUGAUAAGUUUUGCUGCUGUAUUAAGAUUUUAGAUUUUAUAAACAAACAAAUGCUAAACCUAAAAUAGUAUGACCAUACAACUGUGCGCUCCAAAUGGAGGUUGAGAUGAAAUCCCAGAAUCUGAUCUGAAGGACUGAACCUCAAGGGUAUUGGAGAAGAAUUUAUUUGUUUGUUUUGCGUUUCAGACACCUCUGAAAAUUUGUAACUUACUCAGGGCAGAAUUGCACAUUAUGUGGAAGUGCUGAUUCCACAUUUCAAGGGUAAUGUCCCAAGGGGGCAAGUUGUAGGUUCCCUCCUCCCUGGGAGAGAUGCUUUAACUGUUAUUCCAGGUGUCCCUGUAGCUCACUAUUACACAUGAUGUGUAAAGAAGGCAUUAGAACGGUCACUUUUGUGGCAUCUUCGUACUAAAUAGUGCACUGCUUAUUAGUAUAUGACUAGUAAUUUAAUGUUGAAGUCAAUCAACUGCUUCUCUGGGGGAAAGUAAAGAAACUGUGCCUAUGCACUUUCUAGAGGAGGGGUGAGACCUGGGGCAAAUGUAGCCCUCCAGGUCUCUCUGUAGGCUGCAUCCCUCACUGUCCUUGUUCUGUGCCCUCCUGAAGUACACAUGGGCAACUGUGGAUUUAAGCCAGAAGUGGGUGCUUCAGUUCUCCUACUCUGGUACACAAAAGGGAAGGAGAUAUGAUUGGUGCCCUGCACAAGCUUGAGGCUAAUGCAGGCACCCCCAACCUUUGGCCCUCCAGAUGUUUUGGACUACAAUUCCCAUCAUCCCUGACCACUGGUCUUGUUAUCUAGGGAUCGUGGGAGACGUAGGCAAAAGCAUCUGGAGGGUCGCAGGUUGGGGAUGCCUGGGUUAAUGAAUACAUUCUCUUACUUUACUCUUUGCCUUUAUACGUGAAUUAUCAUGCUGAAAAUGAGAAGUAUUAUCAGAAGGUUAUUCACUAUGGCAGGGAGUGUAUUCAAAGUGUAGAUUAUUUUGUGUUAAUUAGUAUGUUUGAUGAACUAUAUCAGAGGAAGGGGCGACUAGCAGAGAUUUUGGUCCUCGGGUGCUAUUGACCAACGAAAAAAAAUGUAUUUCUUCUCCAUCAGGAAAAGCAUGUGAACCUGGUGCACAUAGAAUCUCGAAAAUCCAGGAGACGAAAUUCAGAGUUUGAGAUCUUUGUAGAUUGUGACAGUAACAGGGAACAGCUUGAGGAGAUCUUCCAUCUCUUGAAAUCCCAUGCCAAUGUGGUAUCUGUGAACCAGACAGACAAUUUCCUCGUACAGGAAGAUGGUAAGGAAGAAAAUAAGAAUGAUUUAUUAGACGUGCACGCCCUUUGAAAGGUGUGAUCACGUGCCAGUGUUUGUGGUGCUAGAUUUUAAAAACAAUGUCUUGUUUUUUUUCUUUAGAGAGGCUUCUUCUUUUUCUUUUCUUUUCAUCUAAUGCAUUUUCAAAGUAUGGUUUACAGUAGUUUAAAACAGAUUUCCUUCAACUAUGAGAUGUUUAAAAAUAAAGAUACAUACAUUGGUUGGAUAUGGGAAUGCUGGGCAAAGUGAACCUGUGCUUAGGAAGGGAGCAGCAUGAUUUUAAAUAUAAAUUCCACUGAAUCCAUCUCAUAAGGCUGUGAUCCCAUGAAAAAUUAGACAUGCCCAAUUUGUCACAGAUACCUCUAAUUCGGCAUAAGAUUGGACUUCCCAUGUGGUUAGGAGUUUCAACCUAAGUGCAUGGGGCUUGAUUCACAACUAGGGUCCAUUUGAUCACCAUAGGAGGAAUUUGAUGGCACGCUAAGGCAAUCGUUCCAUCAGGGCAAUUAUUUUGGCUUUCCGGAGGGAAUAAUCCCCCCACAUGUUUUGGGGGUUCUCCCGAAAUUCCCUCCUGAGCCAAUGUUGAAGGCGCAAGGGGAAGAGGGACGGAAAGCCUUAUUGCCCAAGUGGAAGUCCUUGCGCAUUAGCUAAUCCUACUCUAUAUUUAGAAAUGAAGUUUACCCUAUCACAAAUUUUCUAUUGGUUUCAAACGUUUUCUGCCUGUGUCCUGUAGCCUGUGCAUUCCCUUACUUGCUUGAGCCAUCAUACUAAUGGGGAUUCAAGAUGUUCCAUAGAAGUCAGAUAUGAUUGGAUGAAUGGGGUUUUCAGGAACAGAGGACCCUGCCUUAGGAAAAGGGAGCUGGGCCACAGGAGCUGUAGGUCCGUUCUGUGACCUAUGCAAUUCUGAAUACUAUUUCACUUUGUUUUUGUCUCCAGCACUUGUAGCAGUACAAAUGGCCAUAAUGCAGUAGAACAAUAUCCAUUUCUCAAUAGAGGGCCUGCAAAAUUAUGUAGUGAGCAAACCAAGGAUAUCUGCCUCUUUUUCCUGGGUCUCCCCCAAUAUGUGGGGUUUCUGGUUAUUUGGGUUUACAUUCGGAACUUGUGACUUUGGUUUGUUCUCCUUUAAAACCUUUUCGUUUUUGAACUACAACUCCCUGAGGAUUGGCCAUGCCAGCUGGGACUGAUGGGAAUUGGAGGCCAACAGCACCUGGAGGGGCACAGUUUCCACAGUCUUGAGAUUUAAAGCCUUUUCCUGUAAGCAACACCUGAGUCUCCCCUUUUUUGCCUUAUUUGGCAGCAGAGGGUUGAAGGUGUGAGAGCAACAGCUAAGCUGAAUCCCUGAUGCAAGCAGUAAGAGCUAAACUUACUUUCUUCCCCUGUUUUUAGUAUCAUUGUUCCUUUUGCCAUAUCUACCACAGGAGGAAGUGCCCAAUGUUGUGUGAAGGUCAGAUAGGAAGAUGUUCUCUUCUCCUCUUGACAUUAAUUCCUCAGAAACUAGAUUUCAUUUUCUAGCUGUCAUAGCUGGCCAUAAGAACAGUUUCCUUUUCGUAGCAAGCUUAAUUUUAUUAAUAGCUAUGUGGGUUUUAUUCAUUCCGUAGAAUUUUAUUAAUAGCUAUAUGGGUUUUAUUCAUUCCAUAGAUAUGGAAAAUAUCCCCUGGUUCCCUAAGAAGAUCUCGGAUUUGGAUAAAUGUGCAAAUCGUGUUCUAAUGUAUGGUUCUGAUCUGGAUGCAGACCAUCCAGUGAGUAGAUUCAUAUUUCUCUCACAAUAUUUCUGUUGCCUUUAAAGAGCUCCUCAAAACACUUACUUUGAAUAUCUGGAUAUCUGAUACUUUAGACUUGUAUUCCAAUAUCAGAGUUUGAUGCACAUUGAACAUACUAACAUAUCAAACAUGAUAAUACUGAGCUAUAAUUGUACAACCUGAAUUUGACAGUAUGUGAUUCAAUCCCAUCUGAAAACAGCAAUAAUCAAGAAGCAUGCAGAAUGAAGAAAAAAUUCCCUCAAUUUUGGGGGGGGGGUUUAGGAGUAGAAACAUGUUAAUCACAAAGACUGAUUUGGGCUUAAUUUUUUUGUUUCCCUUUUAGGGUUUCAAAGACAAUGUUUAUCGCAAGAGACGGAAGUAUUUUGCAGACCUGGCUAUGAACUACAAACAGUAUGUGUCAUCUUUGUUAUGUGCUCUUGCUAAAGAUGGGGCAGGAACCUUUCAGGGCCAGGGUCAAAGCCUUGGAGACUUGUGUAUUGGUAAUCUGACUGACAAAUGUGGAGGUUGAGAAUAUAUGGAUCACAGUAUGCCAGUCAGCCAGUUUUGCUUAGCUCCUUUGCCAAUCCAAGCUAGAGUUCAGCACAGCAAAAUAAAGCUUUCCUCCAAAAUCAUUGCAGUGACCCUACAAGACCAGGCAAAACCAGUUUAUGUUGUUAUUAUUGGCCAAUCCAAAUUCCCAAGCAAUGAUGCACAGAACUGAAGGUAACACUAGGACUCUGAAGUGUUAUUUGAAAACAAAUGUUUCAUUUCUGACAAACGUUUCUGAAAGUCAACCCUUGAUUCUGCCUUCUCGUCAUAGUGGCGACCCAAUUCCAAAAGUUGAAUUCACCGAGGAGGAGAUCAGGACUUGGGGCACAGUAUUCCGAGAACUGCAUAAGCUCUACCCAACCCAUGCUUGCAGAGAAUAUCUCAAAAACCUGCCUUUGCUAGCCAAGUACUGUGGGUACAGAGAAGACAACAUACCCCAGCUGGAAGAUGUGUCACGUUUUCUAAAAGGUAAUGCGCAGGCAUCUCUCUGACCAGAUGUUUUUGCUGAGGCAAUGCUACCGUUUUAAUAGGACAGACAUAGCCAACGUGGUGCCCUACAAAUGUUGUUGGACUACAACUCCCAUCAGCCCCAGCCUGCACCACCAGUGGUCGGGGGUCAUGGGAGUUGCAGUCAAAUUUAUUUUUCUUGGCUCCCUCUGCAAUACGGCUUUGAUGAAGAACAAGAUGCUAGAGAUCUCCAUGUGUUUGAACUGCUGCAACAUGGGUGUUUGGUGAGGGGACUUGGCUGGAUGUUUAUCUUCUAAAUUUGCCACCAUCUUGGUUUUUGCAGAGCGCACUGGAUUUACUAUCCGCCCAGUUGCUGGAUACCUCUCGCCCAGAGAUUUCUUGGCAGGUUUAGCCUUCAGAGUGUUCCACUGCACUCAGUAUGUUCGACAUAGUUCUGACCCGCUUUACACACCAGAACCGUAAGCAGCUAUUUUUUCAUCCUUAUUCCAAAUAACAUGUACAUUUAUACUUAUUCCAGGAAAGUGUACCCAUUUUGAAAGCUUGGUGUCAAUCAAUGAAAUCCUUCUCCUGUCUACUCAGAAGUAAGUCCUACUGAGCUCAGUGGGGCUCACUCCUAAGUAACUGGGUAUAGAAUUGCAGCCUAAAGCUAGACUUUAUGACCAUUUUACAAAUCAACACACAGUAAUGCUCUCCUUUUCAAACAUGUAGAUCAAAUCUGGCUCUUGUGAGUUGGAGGUGGGAGGCAGGGAACGGUGUUGAGAGCAGAGAACUUGUAACUGAGGGCUGUCAAACAUAUUUAACACAAGCCUAGCUCUCACAAUGUGAAUUAUUUCCACUUAUUUUAGUACAACUGAAGAAUCAAAAUAACUUUAGGAUUUCUUUUCUCUGAGAUCCUUAGAUUAAGGAUAUUGAAUUAAAUAAGAUUGAGUGCCUACAGACCAAUUAACUCAUCUAUAUUUUGGACUUACUAAGCCUAUUUUAGCACUCUCAUCUUCAUUAUCAUGCACAUUUUUGCUACUCCAUGAGCUUGACCAGCCUAAUAAUCCUACUUUCUGCACCUAUUGCCAUCCCCACAACUCCAGUUCACAUACAUUACACAAUUUGCAACAAUGUAGGCACUCCUUGGGAAGGCCCAUUUCAUGUCAUCUUUCUCCUCAUUUUUUUGUCAAGAAGUAGUAGUUCAAACUGGGCAUGCAGGCUUCUAAUGUAGAGUACCCAUGCAACUUCAGUAAAUAAGUAAUGAUUACAUUGGCAACCACCUCCUUCCCCUCAGGAGCUCAAGCUGGGGGUAUGAAGUUUUCCCCUUCCCCAUUUUGUCCUCACAACAAUCUUGUGUAGUAGGUAAGGCCUGGCAGAUUGUGACUGGCCGAAAAUCAGUCGAGUUUCAUAACUGAGUGGGUUAUGAACUGAACUGAACCCUGAUCUCCCAGAUCCUAGUCUGACACUCUUAACCACUGCACCAAAUUGGCUAUGUCCAUGUGUCACCAUUUCCACCACAGAGACGAGAUUGAGUAUGCAUGUGUGUUGGCCCCAUGUAAAAUCCCCCACUCUCUGUGCUCUUGUAAUUACACAUGUCUACCAAGUUUCUAAACCACUUUGUGUACCUGGCAUAUAGCUCAUGUGCGCUUAUGCCCCACCAAGCGUGCUGAUGUCUGUUGUGCUAUGGGAUACUUGGAGGUUUUCCUCCUCAAUUGUUAUAUAUUUUUGGCAGAUUACCUAAUUAUAUUAGAUGAGCUUGCUUUUACACAUCAACUGUAAGGGACAAACUACCUGGAUCAACACUAGCUUGCUUUUCCUGUUUUCCAGUGAUACCUGCCAUGAGCUUUUGGGCCAUGUACCUCUUCUCGCUGAACCUAGUUUUGCCCAAUUCUCUCAGGAAAUUGGCUUGGCUUCCCUUGGGGCAUCUGAUGAAGCUGUUCAGAAGCUGGCAACUGUAAGUAAAGGAUACGGGCUGCUCUGUGCAACAUGUUCCUCAUUUCCAUAGAUACUACCUCAGUGACUCCAUCUUGUGUGUGCCACCAUGGAAGAGGCCCUUUCUCUAGUUGCCACCUCACACAGUGAAGAUACCCAGAGGAGGGCCUCUAACUCACCACUUUUUUUCUCAUGGCCAAAUUAGAGAACCUGUCUUCAUACUGAACAGUGUUGAAAUUAUAUUCCAUUUCCCAGCUAUACAAAGGGCCUUGGCUCCUGAGUGCCAUCAUUUCUUAGGGAUGAACUGAGGGUUUAGGGGUUUUCUGAAUCCAAAGUCUGGGUUGUUUUAAAUUGCAAGUAAUGGAUGAUGGUGCAAGUCAGUGGUAUAAGGGAUUCCACAUUAAAGGAGAAAUAACAUUCAUGCCUACUCUUCAUCUAGGAAAGGGAGCAUGAAAACACUUGUUGCUUGAGUUUUAUCAAGUUGCAUCUCUGUCAAAGGCUCACUGUGUUGCCUUCCUUUUUCCUCAGUGCUACUUCUUCACAGUAGAGUUUGGCUUAUGUAAGCAAGAAGGCCGGCUAAGAGCCUAUGGAGCUGGUUUACUCUCUUCUAUCAGUGAACUGAAGGUAAGCCUUAAAAGUCUCUUUUAACUACAGUCAAUGGGUCUUCAGAGCAAAUUGUUCAAAAACCUUCUACAUUCACGGAAUGCUUUUCACAUUAACCUGUCUGCCAAGAUGGUCAAAUUAUUGACUUGAACUGACUGGUCAGAACAUAAUUUGUCAAUCUUAAGAAACAAACAAAACACACUUCACAGGUUUCCAGUCAGUUUACAGACACACUGUAAGGUGAUAGGUUUUGGUCUAGGCCCUAGAGAGUACUAUACAGCUUAGGACCAGGGUCUCUGAAGGACACACUGCUUUCAUGUAUAUCUGCCAAUUCUGUAACAUUUUCCUGAGAACAUAAAUUCAUGACAUCCAUACACUUGACACCUUUGAGGUCCCAAAUAUAUGCAAAACCCAAUCUUUGUCAUUUUGUUCCAUCUGACCACCAGCAUGCACUGUCUGGAAAUGCCAGAGUCAAGCCCUUUGACCCCAGUGUCACCUGCAAGCAAGAAUGCAUGAUUACAACGUUCCAAGAAGUUUACUUUAUUUCUGAAAGCUUUGAAGAUGCAAAAGAAAAGAUGAGGUAAUUUUGCUAAAAACACCUGGGAGAUUGAAAGGUGUCUUUAUUUAUCCACCUUUGUGGGGGAGGGCACACACACCUUAGUUAUUACAGUGGUACCUCGGGUUAAGAACUUAAUUCGUUCUGGAGGUCUGUUCUUAACCUGAAACUGUUCUUAACCUGAAGCACCACUUUAGCUAAUGGGGCCUCCCGCUGCCGCCGCGCCACCGCUGCACGAUUUCUGUUCUCAUCCUGAAGCAAAGUUCUUAACCCAAGGUACUAUUUCUGGGUUAGCGGAGUCUGUAACCUGAAGCGUAUGUAACCUGAAGCGUAUGUAACCCGAGCUACCACUGUAUUCUCCACCACUACCCCUUUGCGGUUGAGAGCUUGGCUAAACAGUUCUGUGUGGUGGCUAAGAGACCCAAGGCUCAGCCAUGAAUCUGAAAGUGCCCCGAUCAAGUUUUACCUCUGUGGAGACUUGCUAAGUGGUCUUAAACAAGUCACUCUCUCUCAAACCCCACUCUGCCUCCCUGUAGCACACACACACACACACAAGGAAUGGUCCUUGGUUGCCAGCUACAUUGAGAAGGUGUAAGUGGGCUUUCAUUGGAAAUUUACUCCCCCUUUUCUUCCAUCUGAACAGAGAGUUUGCAAAGACAAUCAGGCGCCCCUUUGGAGUGAAUUACAACCCAUAUACACAAAGCAUUCAGAUCCUGAAAGACACAAGGAGCAUUGCUAUUGUGGUGAAUGAGCUACGCCAUGAACUGGACAUUGUCAGUGAUGCCCUGACCAAGAUGGGCAAGCAGCUGGGAAUCUAACCUCUCCAGCGAUCAUCAACCAUUCCACACUUGGCACCUAUGGAUUAUGUCCCAUUUUAGACAUGGAAAUACUGUUUGUGUGCUUUACCACCCUGUGAUCUUUGGAUGAAGGGUGGUAUACUCAAUAAAUGAAUGAAUGAAUGAAUGAAUGAAUGAAUGAAUGAAUAAAUAAAUAAAGUAGGAUGCCAUUUUCCUAAAACCAAAGGCUGAAUCAUGGGGAAAUACUUUGUUUUUGAACUAUGCCCCCCAGAAACAUUCAUACCAAUAUUUGCAUACUAUUUCCCCCUUUCUCUUUUAUGGCUCACCCACAUACUCAGCAAGUUGGAAGGAGAGCAGAUGCAACUUACUUGUGGACAUAGGAAUAGCUACAAUGAAAUAGGCAAGUGGUUCCAUGUAGUCCAAUGAGGGCUAAUUCUAGCUGCUACUGAAGAAUGGAAAGAACUAGAAACCAAGAUCUAAUGAGGACCUAUUGCCACCCAGUCCAGGGAUGACUCCAGCUCCCAUCAUCCCUGACCAUUGGCUAUUCUGCUGGGGCUGAUGCGGGCUAGAGUCCAUCAACACCUGGAGGCCCACAGCUUCCCCAUCCCUGCCUCCAACCAGGUACAGCAUGUGCCAUCAUGUUUCAAGAAGGAUUCAAUAGUUAUUUCAGUUGAAGGAUGAAGACUAUAAUUCGAUGCACACGUGCGUAGGAAUCAAUCCAAGUGAAUACAGGGGGGUUUAUUUCUUGAGUUGCUCUGCACGUGCCAUUUCUCAUAUUAGGUUUUCCAAUAUACUUGCAUCUGGAUACACUUUUACUUGGAGAACAGGGAUCUCCUGCAGGAAGCUGUAUCAGUGUUGUUUCAUUCCAUUAUAUUCGCAUUUGGCUUCAGUGAGCGCCAUCCAGCAUGGCCAAUGCCCAAGGAUGAGGGAAGCUGCAAUCCAGUAACAUUUGGGAGGCACCAGGCUAGUUACCCCUGCUCUAGAGACUACACAGUGAUGAAUUUAUAGCAAAAUGAGCACAAAUUAGGAGAAACCAGCUUUGAAGAGUAUUUUAGGCCUUAUGCAUCCUAUAGCCUGCUCCGGCCUACACCUCAAAAACCCAGUUUUUUUGUACUAUGUGAAGGGGUAGAGGGUGGUGUAGUUGCAGAACGAUGGGAGGGACAAUGAUUUGCUACAGAAGAAACUGCUCAUUGUUCCCAUUUGUUCUCAAGAUGUCAGGAGACAGAGGCUCAUUGGAAUUACUUCUGAACUGGAUAUGCCUUCAUAUUUAGAUAAACCUUACUUUUGUCUUAACUUAGAAUUGGUUUUUAGGAAUCUGAAACUUAAAAAAAUAAUUGCAGUUGAAACAACUGGAAGUAACGGAUUAGAUUUUCUGGGCUUCUACAAAGAGUAGCAUUUCUCGAAAUAAACUGGAUUAUGCCAUGUCUGUGCUUUUUUAUUAGACAUUUUUGGGUCUGUGUUAUGUUUGUAAUGCAAGAGAAAAUAUUGUACUAUUAAAUGAGUAUUUGCACCUUAAACUCUAAGACUUGGAUUUAAAAAAAAUAUAUUUGAAGCCGGCUGUAGUUUUGCAAUUGACCUUGAUGGAUCCAAGAAUUCACUUAAAAUCUAAGUAGAUAUAUUUUCAGGAUACUUAAAUAUUUAUAUUCAAUUUUAGGAUGUGUAAACUUCGUCAUCUGUGUUAGUAAUUUCAGUGAAUUUACUGUGGUGCUAGAACUGUUAAGUAGCCAGGGUGCUUAGCUAAAUGAUAUUUCUCCCCAUUUUUUUUCUAUUUUCAAAUUAAAAAAUGAACUUCAAGCAA